CUCCAAUCGCGAAUGUGCUGCGCGUGGGACUCUUUCGUUGGGGAGCAAUCGUGAAUCUACAUCUGCAUGUUGCAGCUAUGAGGUAGCGCUCUCGCACAUUUCGCUGCCGACCUCUCGACCCCUGCCCUUUCCCCUGGGCCUUCUCGACGAGCUCAUCCACAGCAGGCAGGCUUCAGGUCUGGCAUCAACGUCGAUCUACAGCGUGCGUCCGAAUGUCGCGCGCCUCUUCCUCACCCGACGAGCUGGACGCAGCGCACCCACGAGCAAACGCACACAGGGCUUCUGUCAGGUCCACAUCGAGCCCGGGCGAAUCCCCUGUCGUGGAGGUCUCCUCGGUGCUGAGGGCACGAUCAGAUCGAGACGAGAGUGCCGGGCUGAUGAGACCCCCUGCGCUUCCGAGACACAUCCAACAAGCUAGGACGGACGAGAGGAUGAGCAAGAGGAGGAGGUAUGGACAGGCCAGAAGAUCUGGUCCAGGAGAUGAGCAGGAAGAUUGGAGUCAAGGCUUGACAGAUCGUCCUGCUGCCUCUGCUUCUUCUUCCAGAAUCCCAAUGGGUCCACCCGCUUUACCUUCGCCAUCUCCCAGACCUAGCCCAAUGCCGCUCGAAAGUCCUGCCGUAAAGAGGGAAUACUCAACCCCUGUCCCUGGAUCUGGCAUCCUCUCGCCAGAUCCACCGCCCACCAACCGUCGGUUGGAUUUUCUUCGUGGCGGGUACCGAUCAGGGCACACGAAUGGAGCGAUAACCGAAGGAGCGCCUUUGCGACAUGCACUUGCGGAGUCUGUCGUGGCGGAUGAGGAGGAGCGGGAGGAAGAGCAGAGGGAGUCGAGAGAACCAGAGGAAGGGGAGGACAGUCCUUUGCUUGUCUUCCAAUGCGACGCUUGCGGCGUGGUGCUGGGUGACAGCUUUUCUUGGGUGGCUGCUCAGAGGGAGCUUGGACUUCUGGUUUUGUCCUCUGCAACUGACGAAGUCGUCGUGGAUAGGACUUUUAUCACCUCGACCGAAGGAGGGCUCGACGUUGGCUCAACCUACUCUUCGUUUACUUGUUCAUGCGGAGCCGCGCUAGGGCGAAUGUACAGGACCACCUCUCGAGCACUGGACGAUCUUCGAGAUGCGUAUUCUUUUCAAGUGACUCAGGUUCGCGUCUAUCAGCUCGGGACAAGCCAAGCCAACGCAGCUCAUGGACAUCCUCAGCGAGACUCUGUCGAGGCAGAAGCAGGAGACUUGACCGCAGAGGCCCCUGUGGCCGAGCCGCUCACAGCGCUAGCUUCGACACAUGGAGAACAAAUCGGACCAAACGAAGUCUUCGAUACGGUCGAGCGAGGCGCAAACAGGCGAUACGUGACUCCGGUAGUGACGAAUGUUGCCGCAGGCAUUGAUGGUCCUGCGGGGCAUGGUCAAGCGCAAACCGGUUUUUCAAGGACACCCGUGCCUCCUGGUCGGGACGAUCAGCGAAUUCGAGUGCUUUUGAUGGGUAUAGGCGAGCGUCUAGUGAAGCUCGAGAGGCAGAUGGAGUCCUUGCAACAAGCUUCCGCUCGUUCCGAAUCCAGCACUGUUCAAGCUGCCUCUUCGGCAGCACGGCCAAAGGCCGGGACUAUUCGCAGUCAUUCCACAUCCGAAGGCGAGGGGAGCGUGAUGAGUGAGCAGGUUCAGGAGAAUGGAGCCCGGUGACACAGCCUUCAAAAUGCCUUCAGUGUAACACCGUCCAACAGGCUGGUCGCGGCCAGUCAUGUCAAGUUUGCGCGCGCUGUUUUCUUUCGGUCGGACGCGGGCCAGCCAUGAGCACAGAUCAUGCACUGCGCCAAGUCGCACUUCGCGUCUACUUGUACUUGUACGUCUACCAAAGCGUGAUGCUUAUAUCCUGCAAAGAAAGCGAAUGAAGCGCCCGCGCUUCUCGGCCCAACACAGUCGAAAAGGGAUGCUGCGGAAGAUGAG